UACCCUGACCCGUAAUAAUAGCCACAGUUUAUAGAAAGUGACACCACAAGUUUCAGCAUUAUAUUUUUUGGUGACACCAUAUCUAGCCUAAGCGGUUACUCUUUAUCUUGUAAUUGCACAGUGUAGUCGUUUACAUGAAUCAAAAACAUAAUUCUGCCGGCAACACUCGAAUCAGUUGAUUAGUGGUUUGAUGACGGUGAAAGGUCGAACGGAGGACGCCAGUGUUUACAUAAGCAACGAUAAUUCCUGUCAAAAAUAUCAAGCCGCACCGGUGUGUUGAGUGGAAGCGCAAACUCCUGAACAUUAUCUGCCCACAGUGGCGUACCAUUUCAAUUUCGACCGGUUUCGAAAUAUCUGCAGAAGGAUCAUGGGUUUGCCUCAUUUUGCCAAGGGAGAAGUUAUCAAGGGAUUCGGACGAGGUUCGAAGGAAUUGGGUUGCCCGACGGCCAAUUUUCCUAUGGAUGUUGUGCACAAUUUACCAGCGGACUUGGACACUGGCGUUUAUUUUGGGUUCGCUUCCGUGGAUCGGGGCGAAGUUCAUAAAAUGGUGAUGAGUAUUGGAUGGAAUCCUUUUUAUAAAAACGACGUUAAAUCAAUGGAGACACAUAUUCUGAAUACUUAUGAUGAGGAUUUUUAUGGAAAGGAAUUGCGGGUGGCCAUGUUGGGAUUUCUUAGGCAAGAAAGAAAUUUUAAAUCUUUGGAUGAGUUGAUUGGAGCCAUUCAAGGAGAUAUCCGACAGGCUAGAGAGAAGUUGGAUGAGCCAGAUUUUAUAAAGUACAAGACGCAUCCUUUUUUCAAAGAAUGACUGUUAUAUUUUGAUGUUUUAUAGUUUUAUGAAUAUUUAUAUAUA